AUGGGUAGCAAGACGGCGUCCGCGUCGCUGGGCGGCGUGUCGAUGAAGCAUCUUUCUCUUGUAACGCUCACUUUUCAGAAUUCCGCACUCAUCUUGAUUAUGCAUUAUUCGCGCGUCAUGCCUACGGUGAACGGGCAGAGAUAUCAUACGAGUACGAGUGUCUUUUUGAACGAGGUCAUAAAGUUGGGGAUCAGCUUGACUAUGGCACUUUAUGAUAUAUCGAGAACCCUCCCCUCGAAUACGACUGUUGCGACCCUUGCUUCAAGCUUCACGACCGCCAUGUUCACAAACGAGAGCUGGAAACUCGCAGUACCAGCCCUACUAUACACUUUACAAAACACGCUACAAUACGUAGCCGUCAGUAAUUUGGACGCAGCAUCGUUCCAGGUCACAUAUCAGCUCAAAAUUCUUACUACCGCCAUGUUCAGCGUCAUCAUGCUGGGCAGGACCCUUACACCACGAAAAUGGACGUCGCUACUACUCCUUAUCAUCGGUGUCUCGAUCGUGCAGUUCCCAGAACAUGCCUCGAAGCCUGUUAGCAUGGAAACGUUACGAGACUCCAGUUCGAAGAUCUGGCCACGAUCUCUCGAGGAAUUGCGCGAUCUUGGGAGCCACGCUGCUGGACAACUCGUCAAGCGGUCUGCAUCAUACGAAGGUAUCGAGGAAGACCGAUAUGGGCAAGCAACGCAGAUGAACAGAUCCGUUGGGUUGGUUGCUGUACUAAUCGCCUGCGCAAUAUCUGGUCUCGCUGGUGUCUCGUUUGAGAAGAUUCUGAAAGAGUCGAACACAAAGCAGACGUCGCUUUGGGUGCGAAAUUGCCAGCUUUCAUUCUGGUCCCUUUUCCCCGCGCUAUUCCUAGGCGUCAUUUGGAAAGACGGCGAGGUCAUUGCGAAGACUGGCUUCUUCGUUGGGUAUAAUUGGGUUGUGUGGACGGCCAUCACCUUCCAGGCAUUUGGUGGCGUGAUCGUCGCGCUUGUCAUCAACUACGCAGACAACAUCGCGAAGAACUUUGCGACUUCGAUUUCGAUUGUUCUCAGCUGUUUGGCUAGUGUGUAUUUUUUCAACUUCAAGGUCACGCCGUCGUUUUUCAUUGGCACAUCAGUUGUCCUAUUCGCAACGUAUCUGUACAGCAAGCCGGAACAAAGCGCUCUUCUAGGGUCAACGAAAAUCUUCGACUUCGAAAAGACCAUGGUUGAUCGCAGUCCGCAGUACGACGAUGCGCGUCGCAGUUCGGUGAAGAGUCAUCUAAGAGGGGAUAGUGGGGGCAGUUCGAGGCCUGGAACACCGACAGUUGAGAGGAAGUUUCCCAAGCCUGUCAUGCACGACGAGCACUACUACCUCCCCGAUGACUUUGAGCGCGGAAACGCCUCACGUCAUGCGUCGCAAUAUGCGGUUCAUCAGCCCCAGUUCAAGCAGUCUGCAAAGCCGGUUGCUCCUCGAGAUCGGUACCGUGCCACUGCGUUUGACAACCCAGCGUACGAUGCUGUGGAAGAUGAUGAUGCUUAUGGGCAAGAGGUGGCUUUUGAUUCUUUCGAUGAGAGGCUGCUGCGGCAACCGUAUGAUGACAGGCAGCGACAGGCGGCGAGGGGUGAGGCGAGGCUGUCGCUUGCAAGUGGCGUGGGCAAGGGCUUUGGGAAUGCUGGAAGAGGUAUUGAGUGCAUGAUUGCUGACUGCUCAGUAGAAUAUCAAAGCUAUACUGAGCAGCCGAUACGCGGACAAUUGAGUCGAUUCGCGUUCAAUCCACAUGACUUCCAGGAAUCCAGCUCCGAUGUACACCUGGGACCGUCUUCUAGUCCAGCAUGGAAGGCGAGCCAGAGGCGAGCCGAGCACAGUGGCGUCGUUGAGUCUCAACAGGCUCUUCAACCUCUUGUGCUGGAAGAACAGCGACGAGAUUCACGACGGCCUGCACCUAUGCAAGGGAGAUUAGCGCAUGAACGUUCUUUUCGACCUUUGGGCUCUCGUUCAUUCGAAGACGAGCAGCAACUUGCGGUAGCGCAGCAGAAGGAAAACGUUGACGGAAAUUACCAACCAAUUUCCCUACGGAGGUCUGCAACUAACUUGAACCAUGGUCCUCCUGUGGUUCAGGGAAUUCAACUCGUUCCCAUCACAGCCCUCCCCGAUCGACUUCGAACUAUCUUCCCAUUCCCAACCUUCAAUGCAGUCCAGUCCAGGUCGUUCGACAAAGUGUUCAGAUCUGACGACAACUUCGUGCUCGCGUCCCCCACUGGCAGCGGAAAGACGGCAAUUUUAGAACUUGCCAUCUGCCGCGCCAUCGCCACGAACAACACGGGUCAAUACAAGAUCGUCUAUCAGGCACCCACAAAAGCCUUGUGUUCUGAGCGCCAGCGAGACUGGGAGAAAAAAUUCAAUCCUAUUGGGUUGAAAUGUGCCGAGCUCACUGGUGACAGCGACUUCUCUGAUUUGAGUAAUGUCCAGGGCGCCAACAUCAUCAUCACUACCCCAGAAAAGUGGGACAGCGUCACCAGGAGGUGGAAAGACCACGAGAAGCUGAUGAAACUCGUCAAGUUGUUCCUCAUUGAUGAAGUCCAUAUCCUCAAAGAGGAUCGCGGAGCUGUACUGGAAGCCGUGGUCUCUCGGAUGAAGUCCAUUGGUACGGAUGUCCGCUUUGUUGCUCUGUCGGCGACCGUCCCUAACUUCCACGAUGUCGCGGCAUGGCUUGGCAAGAAUGCAGCUCAUCCGCACGAGCCUGCCGCGAACGAAAAGUUUGGGGAAGAGUUUCGACCGGUAAAACUCAGGAAACACGUCUGCGGUUAUGUCUACAACAGCCCCAACGACUUCGCAUUUGAGAAGUCGCUCGACUCGAAACUCCCCGAUGUCAUCACGAGAUACUCAGAGGGUAAGCCCUUGAUGAUCUUCUGUGCCACCAGAGCUUCAACAGUCAAAACGGCCAAACUUGUUGCGAACUGGUGGGCCAAGAUAUCCGGUCGUGAUCGGAUGUGGAACCCUCCUUCGAAACAAAUCCCUGUGAACAACAAAGAUCUUCUUGACACUGUUGCAUCAGGCGUGGCGUUUCAUCACGCGGGCCUUGACUCGGAUGACAGGUUGAAGGUUGAGAGUGGGUUUCUCAACGGCGACAUCAAUGUCAUCUGUUGCACAUCAACACUUGCCGUGGGAGUCAACCUACCCUGUCACCUCGUCAUCAUCAAAAAUACAGUGACGUUUUGCGAUCAAGGUCUGCAAGAAUAUUCGGACCUGGAGAUGAUGCAGAUGCUCGGUCGUGCUGGUCGACCACAGUUCGACGACAGCGCUGUAGCAGUCAUCAUGACUCGCCAAGCGAAGGUCUCUCGAUAUGAGAUGAUGGUUACAGGACAGGAUCUGUUGGAGAGCAAGCUUCAUCUCAACUUGAUCGACCACAUGAAUGCUGAAACUGGCCUCGGAACUAUUCGUGACCUUGAUUCUGCCAGGAACUGGCUUACUGGGACGUUCCUCUACGUUCGGCUAAAACAGAAUCCGGAGCACUACAAGCUCCAAGGGGCGAGAAGUGGUCAGGACAUCGAGGAACAGGUGGAUGAUAUCUGCUAUCGCGACAUCUCUCUUUUACGGGAAUAUCAACUUCUUGAUGGCGACGAGUACUUUCGAUGUACGGAGUUUGGCCAUGCUAUGGCGCGAUAUUAUGUUCGUUUCGAGACGAUGAAAAUCUUCAUGGGCUUGGAGAAGAAGGCGUCGCUCUCGGAGAUCCUAUCCGCUGUCUCACAGGCUCACGAGUUCUCCACGAUUCGAUUUCGACAAGGUGAAAAGUCGAUCUACAAGACCCUCAACAAAUCACCUUCGAUUCGUUUUCCUAUACCUGUCAACUUGGAUCUCCCAGCACAGAAAGUAUCCUUGCUCAUUCAGUCUAUUCUCGGCUCCGCGGACAUCUCAUGGGAUGGCGAAAACGGGAAGCACAAGUCGCAAUACGUGAUGGAGACACAGGUGAUCUUCAAAUAUAUCCACAGCUUGGUGCGGUGCAUCAUCGACUGUCAGAUAUGUUUGGGAGAUUCUGUGAGCAUCCACAACGCACUGAUGCUAGCACGUAGUUUGGGAGCGAGGGCGUGGGAUGAGAGUCCGCUACAGAUGAGGCAAGUGGCAAAUAUCGGCGUUGUCGCAGUACGAAAACUCGUCAACGCUGGUAUCAAAAGCAUUGAGGAUCUCGAGGCUACGGAUGCGCAUCGUAUCGAGGCGAUUGUCGGCAGAAACCCGCCGUUUGGUCUCAAGGUGCUUGGGGAACUGAAAACUUUUCCGAAGCUUCGUGUCUCUCUCAGCGUUCAGCCGUCUUCAAUCACGAAGACCGGGGAAGGAGUCAAGAUACAAGUCAAAGCAGACAUUGGAUUCAUCAACGAAACGCCACCGAAAAGCUUCAACAACAAGCUCAUCUACGUUUGUCUGCUGGCAGAGACAUCCGAUGGUCGCAAAAUUCACUUCGCUCGUAUAAGUGGUCCCAAGCUUGGUCUUGGACAAAGCCUUGUGUUUCCUGCUCUGUUGGAGAGUCCUGAUCUAUGUAUCAACUGCUACGUCAUGUGCGACGGGAUUGGUAAUAUGCGCGGUGCCACAGUGAAGCCAAGGAUAGCUCCGUCCAUGUUUCCAAGUACUAGAAUAUCUGCGCCAGAUACACCACAGCCCAAUAUGUCGAAACGUCGCGCAGAGACGUCAAAAGUCAGCCGCAAACGAUCAGUUGCCAGUGAAGACUUUGGAGAUGACGGUAUUGACGAUGAUGAGCUGAUGAAGGCUACGUCGGUUGGAGAUCUCGAUUUUGAUCACAUUGAGAAUUACGACAAUCCUACUGAUGCUGUUACUCGGAAGAAUACAGCCAAGAACAAGACCAAGGAUAAGAGUUUUUCAAAGCAACCCAAUACCGCGGCUGAUGAUGAGAUACAUGAACCGAGGCAGCUCGACAACGGAAAAUGGGCCUGUAAUCACAGAUGUAAGGAUAGGAUGGGUUGCAAGCAUCUAUGUUGUAAAGAGGGAACCGACAAGCCACCGAAGAAAGCUGCCACGAAGCGUACAACGUCCAGCGACAAUGGAUCAGAGCCUGUACAAAAAAGGUCGACUCAAAAUGGCAAACAGACGCAAACCAAGCUCCAACUUUCAUCUUCCAAGCGGAAGAUCUCCAGUCCGAUCGAGGAGAUUGAUUUAACGCACACAGAGAAGAAGAGAAAGGCUGAUUUUGCUACGAACGGACCAAAAGAUUUUCGUGGUCUGCAUCAGCUUCACAAAAGCGUUCAGAAAGAUAAUCCGCCUUCCUCCCUCCAUGCUGUCAUGCACAAGAAGUCAGCUUAUUGUUAUGGUGAAGGUGGCGAGCACGCGCUCUCCUUCAUGAAUCAGCCAACGGCACGACGACCCCAGUCUUCGAGCGAUUACGACGACAUACCACUUGAUGAUUUCACUUUCGACUUCGAUGAUUCCAAGCCGAAUGUCUUCCAGCAGCAACCAAUGGAGGCAGGAAAUAUAUCUGACUUUGAUGCGUUGGUCGAUUACCCUCCGAGAGCAACGGUGUUUUCUCGCAGCUCGGAUCUGUUUGGCGAUAACGAUUCACUUCUGGGAGAUGCUAUGAUCGGUAUCGCAGAUUCAGAGACCCUCGCGACGACGUACCAAGAAGAUAAUGAUCUUACACAAGCGACUGGGAUGCCAGCGGACAUGGACUGGGAAGCGGACUUUGAGGAUGACGACUUUAUGGAGGAGUUUGGUAUCCCAACCAACGCAGCUGACGAUUUUAAGUCUCCCAACGAGCAGUCGAGUUUCUCUACCACGCAUCCGAAAAAGUCGCUACCCCCGCCCCAGCCGCGUCUACCGUUUUUGGACAACUCGAGCAGUUCGCAUGCUGAACACGACGAUAUAAAGCCUGCGAAGGUUUCGAGUGAUCAAGUGGUAGACGAAGAGUACAAUUCGCUGGAUUUGUCCGACAUGUCUCAUCCCCAGCCUGUGGAAGACGUAAAGGUCAAAGAAGAACAGAUUCCUGAUGGCUUCAAGGAUCUUGAGCCCUGGCUGUUCCAGGAGUUUGGCGAUAUCGUGGAACUUGUUGAUGAAUGA